AUGACGGCCUCAAAUCUCCACGAACAGGCCCCUGCUGUGGUGGCGGCUGCACACCAGCAACAACAGCAACAGCCAUCCCGUGGGUUCGCGACCCGAGCUGUCCACGCCGGUAGCGCCCCAGACCCAACGACAGGAGCGGUUAUCCCAGCCAUCUCACUCUCUACAACAUACCGACAAUCAGCGCCGUCACAGCCUGUCGGUCUCUACGAAUACAGCCGCAGCGCAAACCCGAACCGUGACAACUUUGAGGAGGCCGUCGCUUCUCUCGAAAACGCCAGGCAUGGCUUUGCUUUCAGCUCGGGGAGCGCCACCACAGCUGUCGUGCUGCAAAGCCUGGCCAGCGGCUCCCACGUCAUCUCAGUCUCGGAUGUUUAUGGCGGAACGCAUCGUUACUUCACACAGGUCGCCCAAGCACACAAUAUCGAGGUGACUUUUAGUCACGACAUUGCCGCCGAUGUGAGCUCGCACAUUCGCCCCGAGACCAAGCUCAUCUGGAUCGAAUCGCCCAGCAACCCUACCCUGAGCUUGGUUGACAUCCGUGCUGUUGCUGACGCCGCUCACGCGCGCGGCGUCCUAGUCGUCGUCGACAACACCUUCCUCUCCCCAUACAUCCAAAACCCGCUGAACCUUGGCGCCGACAUCGUCGUCCACAGUGUCACCAAGUACAUCAACGGCCACAGCGACGUGGUCAUGGGUGUGGCAGCCUGUAACGACGACGCCCUGGCCAGCCGCUUGCGCUUUCUGCAAAACGCCAUCGGUGCCGUGCCAUCGGCCUUCGACUCGUGGCUGGCUCACCGUGGACUCAAGACGCUGCACCUGCGUGCUCGCGAGGCAUCGCGCAACGCCGCCGCCGUCGCUGCCUUUCUUGAGACAAGUCCCUACGUCAUCUCGGUCAACUACCCGGGGCUCGAGUCCCACCCACAACGGGAUAUUGCCCGCCGGCAGCACCGGGACGGCUUGGGAGGCGGUAUGCUGUCAUUUCGCGUCAAGGGCGGUCUGGUUGCUGCCGACCGUUUCUGCAGCACCACGCGCGUCUUCACCCUGGCCGAGUCGCUGGGCGGUGUCGAGUCCUUGGUUGAGCUGCCCAGCGUCAUGACCCACGCAGGUAUCCCUCGCCAGAGCAGGGAGGCCGUUGGUAUUUACGACGAUCUGAUCCGCAUCAGCUGUGGCAUCGAGGAAGCCGAAGAUUUGGUCGCAGAUGUCAAGCAGGCUCUUGAGGCUGCCGCUUUGGCGAGCAAGCUACACAGUAGCAACGGCAAUGGGCAUUGA